GUUUGGCCUCAUCCCAGUGCAGAGAAGCCACAUCCACACUGGGCUGCAGCUCUGCACUUCCCUCUGGCUCAGCCCUGGGGAUGCUUGGGGGGCUUUGGGGUUGGGGACGGCCCCAAAGGGGUCCCAGUGCUGCCUCUUGUGGGGACGGGGGUGGCCUGGGGGCUGUCCCAGCCGUGGCCUCCCCCAGUGGCGCUCCCAGCAGCCCUACCUGCUGCGACCCGGCUCUGUCUCGGCGAGGUGAGAGUUGUUGUGCAGAGUUUCCUCUUUUAUAUCCUCUUAUGUCACGCAGCCCCGGCGGCUGAGCUGCCCGAAAUAGCUGCCAAUCCCGGGAGGUUUCACUUCAAGGUCUCUAUUCUUGGCUCGCCGGCGUUUCUCAGCCGUGGGCUCAGGGAGCGCGGCGUGAGGACCAGCGGGCAGUGCCAUGCGGGCGUCCUGCCUCUGGCCCGGGCUGGCUCUGAGGGGACGGGGUGGGCACAGCCUGGCUGGGCAGCUCUGAGGGACCCCGGCUGGCUGGGGAUGCGCUGAGGAGCCGCUGUGGGACGGGAUGAGUCAGUUCUGAGAGGCUGCUCCGCCGCCCCGGCUGCGUCUGACCCAGCUCGGCGCGGCUCAGACGCUCUCCCUGCUGCUGAGGAUGGGCUGGGCGGCAGGGAUGAAGCAGAAGUGAACGUGGGAUGCGGAGCUGCGGCUUCCCGGGAGCGGAACUCGCUGGAUGUUCUCAGGCUUGGAGAUCUGCACCACGCUGGUGAUGUUCAGCCCGUCCUCUGCCGUGAGCCCGUGCCCCUCCCCGCGGGUGCCCCAGGCCGUCCCCAUGGACCUGCGCAUCGGGCAGCGCCUGCUCAAGCCCCAGGACACGGCGCUGCUGGCCCUGAAGCAGCAGCAGCUGCAGCACCAGCUCUUCCUGGCCAGCCUGCACCAGCAGCAAGUGGAGCAGCUCACCCACCAGCACGUCAGGGUGGCCAUGGAGUCCCCGCACCGCGAGGCUGAGCCGGGCCAGCAGGAGCAGGAGCUGCGCCAGAUCCUCAACAAGGACAAGAGCAAGAGGAGUGCCGUGGCCAGCACGGUGGUGAAGCAGAAGUUGGCCGAGGUGAUCCUGAAGAAGCAGCAGGCGGCUCUGGAGAGGACCAGCAACGCCCCCGCUGCAGCCCUGCCCUACAGGUCUCUGGAGCCCCUGGAGCCUGAGGGUCCCUCCCCUGCCAUGCUCAGCACGUUCCUGUCCCCCGUGCCCAGCACUUCUCUGGACACCCCCGAGCACUUCCCGCUGCGGAAAACAGCGUCCGAGCCCAACCUGAAGGUUCGGUGCAAGCCCAGGAAGUGCCUGGAGCGGCGCAAGAACCCCCUGACCCGCAAGGAGAGCGCCCCCCCCUCGCUCAAGAGGCGCCCGCCCGACGCCAUCGACUCGUCCCCCAGCAGCAGCAGCACCCCCGUGUCGGGCUGCAGCUCUCCCAACGACAGCCUGCCCGCCGAGCACGCCGCGCUGCCCGCCGCCCCGGGAGGGGCCCACGAGGCGCCGCUGGCGCAGCGGCUGCUGAUGCAGGAGAGCUCCCUGGCCCAGUUUGCCCUGCAGAGCGCAGCCUCCCUGCCGGCCAUCACCCUGGGGCUGCCGGCCACCACCGGCGCCAGGGGUGACACGGAGCGCCGGGCGCUGCCCAGCCUGGCUCACCGGGUCCCGGUGCUCAAUGGGCCGGUGCUCCCGGGCUCGCACCAGCCCGUCUUCAUCCCAGCCAGCCUGGAGCAGCACGAGGCCGGCAGCGCCCUGUCCCCCCGGCUGCAGCCCGUCAUCAUCCUCGAGCCCUCGGUCACCCAUGCGCCGCUGGUGGCGGUGCCAGGCCUGGGGGCCGUCCCCUUCUCCUUCGCCCCGUCCCUGGUGCCCGCGGAGCGCCUGGCGCUGCCCGGCCAGCACAAACCGCUGGGCAGGACGCGUUCGGAGCCGCUGCCGCCCAGCCCCAGGGCCGUGCAGCAGCACCUGCUCUUCCAGCAGCACCACGCGCACUUCCUCGAGAGGCUCAAGCAGCAAACGCACCUGGGCAAGCGCAUGGCCAAGUCCAGCGAGAAGCCCCGGCUGCGGCAGAUCCCGUCCUCGGAGGACAUGGAGGCCGAGGGGAGCGUCCCGGAGGCCGCGGCCGAGGCUGCGGAGCCCAGCAGGGCCCGGCCCGGCAGCAGCGGGAAGGAGAUGGGGCAGCCCCAGGAGGAGCUGGUCCUGCAGCAGGCCCUGCUGUGGGACUCCUUCCAGCGGGUGCAGCAGCAGCUCCUCAAGCGCCAGCCCUUGGCCGACCCCCCCGUGCUCCCCCCCGGCCACCGGCCCCUGUCCCGGGCCCAGUCGUCCCCGGCCACGGCCACCGUGUCCCUCCCUGCCCAGGACACCAAGGCGCUGGCGCUGCCCGUGCAGGAGCAGCCGCCCAAGCCACACUUCACCACAGGGCUGGUUUAUGACUCGGUGAUGCUGAAGCACCAGUGCUCCUGCGGGGACAACAGCAACCACCCCGAGCACGCGGGCAGGAUCCAGAGCAUCUGGUCCCGGCUGCAGGAGCGGGGCCUGCGCAGCCGCUGCGAGUGCCUGCGGGGCCGCAAGGCCACCCUGGAGGAGCUGCAGUGCGUGCACAGCGAGCGCCACGUGCUGCUCUAUGGCACCAACCCCCUCAACCGCCUCAAACUGGACAACGGCAAGCUGGCAGGGAUCCUGUCCCAGAGGACGUUUGUGAUGCUGCCCUGCGGAGGGGUCGGGGUGGACAGUGACACCAUCUGGAACGAGCUGCACUCGUCCAACGCCGCGCGCUGGGCAGCGGGCAGCGUCACCGAGCUGGCCUUCAAGGUGGCCACCAGGGAGCUGAAGAACGGCUUCGCUGUGGUGCGGCCGCCCGGACACCACGCGGAUCCAUCCACGGCCAUGGGAUUCUGCUUCUUUAACUCGGUGGCCAUCGCUGCCAGGCAGCUGCAGCAGAAGGGGAAGCUCAGCAAGAUCCUCAUCGUGGACUGGGACGUUCACCACGGCAACGGGACGCAGCAGAUUUUCUACAGGGACCCCGAGGUUCUCUACAUCUCCCUGCACCGCCACGACGACGGCAACUUCUUCCCGGGCAGCGGGGCUGCCGACGAGGUGGGCGCUGGCCCCGGCGAGGGCUUCAACGUCAACGUGGCCUGGGCUGGAGGGCUGGACCCCCCCAUGGGGGACCCCGAGUACCUGGCUGCCUUCAGGACCGUGGUGAUGCCCAUUGCCCACGAGUUCUGCCCCGACGUGGUGCUGGUGUCGGCCGGAUUCGACGCAGCCGAGGGCCACCCACCCCCCCUUGGGGGCUACAAAGUCUCUGCCAAGUGUUUUGGCUACAUGACCAAGCAGCUGAUGAGCCUGGCGGGGGGGGCCGUGGUGCUGGCACUGGAGGGGGGGCACGACCUCACGGCCAUUUGUGACGCGUCCGAGGCCUGCGUGUCCGCCCUGCUGGGCCACGAGCCGGAGCCGCUCCCCGAGGACAGCCUGAGGCAGAAGCCCAACGCCAACGCCGUGCGCUCCCUGGAGGCCGUGAUCCAGGUCCAGAGUAGAUACUGGGUGGCCGUGCAGCGCUUCGCCUCCAAGCUGGGCUGCUCCUUCCUCGAGGCUCAGCACCACGAGGCCGACGAGGUGGAGACGGUCACGGCCCUGGCGUCGCUCUCGGUGGCCGUGAUGGUGGAGAAGAGGGCACAGGAGGAGCCCAUGGAGCAGGAGGAGCCCAUGAACCAGUGACCCUUGGGGACAGUCCCAGCGUAGCCGGAGCCCCCGAAGAUCCCGAUCCCGUUUGUGCCCCUCGCUCCCGAGGCCCUGGGCGGGCCUGGACUCCUGGAAGGGACAUUCCCACAUCCAACAAGACGGGAGCACGGAGAGCCCCGAGCCUGGACCAUGCCCAAAGCCCACCCCCAGUUCUGGGACCCCUCGAGGAGGGUGAAACCCCCCAGCCCUGCGGCACUGACCCCCCCCAUCCCAGGACCCUCCUCAGGGGAAAGGGCUGGACAUUGGGAUGGACGCUCGGACCACCCUGGGGACGGCUCCCAGAGCCCCGGAGGAGCAUCCCGGGGUUUGCUCCAUGGGAUGGGAUCUCUGUGCCCUCUGCAGAGGUUCCCUGGCUCCCCUCGCCCUGCUGGGCACAGGGACAGAGCGGCAGGGACGGGGCCGGGAGCUCAGGAGCAUCUCCAGGAAGGUCUGGGGCAUCCCAAGGAAGGUCUGGAGCCCCCCGAGGAAGAUCUGGAGCCCUCCAAGGAAGGUUUGGGGCAUCCCAAGGAAGGUUUGGAGCUCCCCAAGGAAAGUUUGGGGCGUCCAGGGGAAGGUUUGGGACAUUCCAAGGAAAGUUUGGAGCCCCCCAAGGAAGAUCUGGAGCCCCCCAAGGAAGAUUUGGAUCCUCCCAAGGAAGAUCUGGGGCAUCCCAAGGAAUGUCUGGAGCCUCCCCAGGGAGGGCAGAGCGAGGCCGGGGGUGGGCAGUGCCCGGGGGUCCCCCUGCCCUCGCUGAGCACUGCCCAGUUUGCACUAUGGAUCCUGCCAGCCCUGAUGUGACCCCGACUCCUCCUCCCGGGGGAAUUUUGGGGACCUUCCCCUCGAGCCCCUUCCAGCCCCCCGAGGCCCUGGCUGGGUGGGGGUCCAGCCCCUGAGCCCCUCCCCAGCUGGGGCUCCCCAGUUCCCACCGGGGAUCUCCCAGAGGUGCCCAAACCCCCUCGGUCCUGUCCCCAUCCCUGUCCUGGGGUGACAGGGGCAGAUCCAGAGCCUCCAACCUGAGGGUUCCACCCCAAUUUUCCUUUUCCCAUUUCCCCAAAAGCCUUCCCUGCACCCCGAGGGGUCCCACCAGGAGCAGGCCUUGGGGACAGAGGGGACACAGAGGGGACAGGGCUGGGCGUGGGGACAGCUCCGGCCGCGGCAGCGGGAGGAGAUUUUGUAUAAAAACAAAACGAAACAAAAAACAAAAACAAAGAAAUUUUAAAAGGAAAAAAAAAAAGGAAUCAAAACCCUCGGUGUGGCUCAGGGUGGGGGUCCCGGGGGGGAUGGAGGGACCUCCCAAGCUCCAUCCUGCUGGAAUUUACCAGGAGGAAUCCACCAUGCACAGGAUGACAUUUUCCUCGUUUUAAGGUGUUUUUGGCUCAUUUUAAAGUUUUUUUUCUCAUUUAAAAUGCAGGGAUUUUUUUUUUAACAAACAAGAC